AUGGGAGUUAUUUGUUCUAAACAAAAUCUGAAUAGUAUAUCCAAUCCAUAAAAAAGAGUGAAAUUCGCAGCAGUAACUCCUAUGGAUGAUAGUAAUGAAGAAUCACAUCAUAUUGGAAUUGAAUUUUAAUACUAGAUUUAAUAAGAUCAACCCAAUUUUCUAAUAAAAAAGUAAAAGUGGGAAGAGUACUUUCAAAACCGUUAAGAUUUCAUUAAUGAUGAACAAUAUAUAACACUCUUAAGAUCGCCAAAUUAAUCAAAAACCCCAAGAAUAACAAGUCUCAUCAUAAAUCCAGGAUAUUGCAAAGGCAUUACAGGAACCAUUUAAGCAUUUUAAUUUAGAAUUAUUUGA